CCCAGUUAUCUUGGAUAUUCUUCACCAGAGCAUCGCAGAGAAGACUUGCCGGACCCUAAUCACUUUACACCCAUAAAACAAUGUGACAUCAGUCCAAUCCCCGAUCCAGCCACUUCAUCUCAAUAUGUCCCACAGGUAAAUCAACAGGACAUCAAAGAUGAGAUUGGCAGCCAUCUGACACCAGCUGCUGAUACCCAAGAAAAAUGUGGCCAAAGGUAUCAGAGGGCCUACGUCGAGUUUGGACACGGCUACAAGAAUGUUAUGGCACUCCAGAGGCUAUCGAGAAGUCGCUCCUUGACAGACUUGAACGCUUUCCUAGAGUGUCAAACAAAGACCCCCAGAAUCUCAGAGAACUUGGCGACCUACUUUCUGAAAUUGAUGCAGCCAAAUCAGACGGCUCUUUACCUGUGCUAGUGUAUUUGGACACAUCACGUGGCAUUGCCCCGAUAGUUGAUAAGUUGCCAACAAAUCUUCAAGACGGGUGGAUGUCAGAGGGGACUAAAUACAAGCAGAGACAUGAUGUAUAUUUCCCUCCAUUCUCAUUCUUCUGUCGCUUCAUACAAGAUGAAGCGAAAAUGAGAAAUGACCCCAGUUUUAAGUCUAUUGUAUCAGGUCCCACGUCCUAUCCAACAACUCACAACAACCACUAUACAAGAUUUGUCAAGUCAAGACCGCCUGUUGACGUCCACAAAACAGAGGUAAACAAAACUCACAAACCAAGCUUAGGAAGCACGAGUGAGUUCACAAACAAACUGUGUCCCAUCCACAAGAAACCACACCCGUUAAAGAAGUUUAGAGGCUUUAGGGAAAAGACACUAGAUGAGCGUAAGGCAUACCUCAGAGAACACAACAUCUGUUUUAGGUGCUGCGAUUCCUCAGCUCACCAAGCUAAAGACUGUAAGGAAGAGAUUACUUGUCUAGAGUGCAACAGCAACAAACACGUUGCAGCACUGCAUGCAGGUCCAGCUCCACAGACACAAAACACAAAAGCUCAAAACAUUGCCCCAGACCAGGACAGGGAGGAGCAUGGCGGGGAGAGUAGCCUAGACUUGGAGACUAGCUCAGCAUGCACUCAAGUUUGUGGGGACUUAGGUGGGGGGCGAUCCUGCUCAAAAAUAUGUCAAGCCUACAUUUAUCCAAAGGGGCAUCCAGACGAAAAAGUCAAGGUUUACGCUAUCAUAGAUGACCAGAGCAAUAGGUCAUUAGCGAAGUCAAAUCUUUUCGACACCUUUGGCAUCCCAAUGAGCAACCUAGUGCCAUACACACUUAAGACAUGUACAGGGGUUUCCACCACAAAUGGCCGCUUAGCUGAGAACCUCUUUAUACAGUCCGUUGAUGGCCAGUUCAGCUCUCCUCUGCCUUCUUUGCUCGAGUGUGACUCACUCCCAGACAACAAGAAUGAAAUCCCAACGCAAGAGAUUGCUCUAGCCCAUCCGCACCUCAAACACCUAGCAGGUCAUAUGCAGCCCCUAGACCCUGAGGCCGAGGUUAUGUUGCUGUUAGGCCGAGACAUAAUACAAGUGCACAAAGUGUAUGAAUGAGUGAAUGGACCAGUCAAUGCUCCAUUUGCCCAGAGACUUGCACUUGGGUGGGUUAUUGUAGGGGAUGUAUGCCUAGGAGGAGCCCAUAAGCCAGCCAUCAUAGGCACAUACAGAACGAGUGUUCUAGAGAACGGGCAUCCAAGUCUCUUAACACCCUGUCAGAACAGUUUUCAUGUCAAAGAGCAGCCACAGUCACACAACAAACCCUGGGACACUCACAGUUCAUGUCAAAUAGGGAAAUACAUAUUCCAGCAAAGUGAAAAGGACGAAGAGCUGGCCCCUUCCUAUGAGGACCAAGCCUUUCUGGAAAUUAUGGAAAGAGACUUUUACCAAGACGAUGCAAAUAGCUGGACAGCUCCACUUCCUUUCCGUACACCGAGAACCCGCCUCCCAAACAACAGAAACCAAGCACUCAGCCGCUUAGAGUCGCUGCGCUGCACAUUAAAUAAACGCCCUGAGAUGGAGAGACACUUUAUGGAUUUUAUGCAGGGGUUGUUUGACAGAGAUCACGCAGAACCAGCACCAGCUCUCGAAGAAGAAGAAUGCUGGUAUCUGCCCUUCUUUGGCGUCUAUCAUCCGCAGAAGCCUGGGAACAUCACGGUGGUGUUUGACUGGAGUGCUAAGUUUCAGGGAGUGUCCUUAAACGAUGUGCUGCUCAAAGGUCCAAAUAUGAAUAACAGUCUGAUCAGGGUGCUCAUCCGUUUCAGAGACGAAGCGGUGGCUGUCACAGCGGACAUACAACAAAUGUUCCACUGCUUUCAGAUGCGAGAAGACCACAGGAACUUCCUCCGGUUCCUUUGGUACCGCAACAAUGACCCAAGAGAGCCAGUUGUCGAGUACAGAAUGAAAGUGCAUGUGUUCGGCAACGGCCCUUCCCCAGCGGUGGCAAUUUUCGGUCUGAGAGCCUCCAGGGAGCUAGGGUUUGACAAAAGGAUUCCUUGUGACCCACAUGUCAAGUCCUUCCUAAAUGAUAAUGGAUGUAGUUGGGUCUUCAACCCUCCCUACUCUUCUCACAUGGGGGGCAGUUGGGAGCGGAUGAUAGGAGUGGCACGUAGGAUAUUAGACUCCCAGCUCACUCAACUUGGUUCCAGGCCCCUCACGCACGACGUCCUGACCACCUUCAUGGCAGAGGUAGCCGCCAUCAUCAAUGCACGGCCGCUGGUUCCAGUGUCAAGUGAUCCAGAUGUUCCGUGCAUCCUUACUCCCGCCAUACUCCUCACGCAAAAAGUUGGUGCACCUCCAACACCCUCAGGCGACUUCGGGGAGAAGGACCUCUACAGGCAACAGUGGAAAAGAGUUCAGAGUCUGGCCAACUCUUUCUGGCAUCGCUGGCGUAAGGAGUACUUGUCAACACUACAAUGCCGCCGCAAGUGGCAUUCCACCAGACCAAACCUGCAGCAGGGGGAUGUGGUCCUCCUGAAAGAUCCUCUCGUGAAGAGAAAUCAGUGGCCCAUGGGGGUGAUUGCAAAGGUUCAUCCUAGUAGUGACGGACUUGUCAGGAAGGUAGAAGUCAAGGUGGUGAAAGAUGGUAAAGCCAAAGUUUACUUUAGGUCAGUCACGGGCGUUGUUCUUCUUGUAUCAGAUGCUGUGCAACAAGUUUAGUUUGGUUCCAAGUGUGACAUCUUACUGAUGUCAGGCGGGGAGUGUUCUGGCUCCUUAAGAGUCGCCUCUCAUGUUAUGUAGUGUUAUAUAAGUUCAUGCAAUCUUUAUUUGUUUCUGGUACACUGUUCAUUUUAUUUUGACAUCCUACCGGAAGUGCUACUUCUCAUUACUUCCUGUCUAACGGGAGAAGGACGGUUUGCUACUCCUGUGCCUGCCUAUGCUGCCUCUUAAGCCAGCACAGUCUGUAAGUUGGCAGUAAUGUUGUGUUUUACCAGUGAAUGUUUAGCACUAACUGCCGUGAGUUGUUUGUGAUAUUUUGACAGAGUAAAUUCACUCAAUAAUGUGCUUUAUUAGUCAUUAGCCUAGACGCUAAUUAGCGCUAGCUAACCGCUAACGUUAGCUUGUUAGCUUGUUUCGUUCUGCUUUGCUUUGCAUAGUAACAGGUCAUAGCAUCUUCCAAUUGUAAGAAUGUUUGCUUAUGUCAGCUCACACAUGAUAUUUUGUUUGUUUACAGUUUUACCAUUCAUCCAUUCAUGUAUUUCAACAAAGCCAUGCUAUGCAUCCAAUCAAAUAAAUCCACCA